AGGCGGAGGCGGUGAAGGAUGCUCGGAGAUGGAUUAUAUGAAAAAUGCUGAAGACGUCUCCGCAAAAGUUUUUUUCUAUCUCCAUGAUACAGAAGGAUGGAAAGUGGUAAAAUCUACGAAACAUAUGGAUGUCCUGGCCAAACCUUCAACAGAAUUUCCAGGAGUCCUAUACCGGACUGAAGUGUCUCUGGAGAUACCCUCUGACAAAUUAUUCCCCUUUGUUUACCUGCCUGAAUAUCGCAGCAAAUGGGACAAAACGUUGCAGUCGUAUAAACUGGUAGAAACAAUUGACCAGGACACUUUCAUUUAUCGCAGUAUUACCCACAGUUAUGGCUUUGGAAUGGUUUCGCCAAGAGAUUUUGUCUACCUGCUGCACGUAAAAACCUAUGAUGGAAAUUUAAUGACAACAAACUCUAUCAGUGUGGCUUAUCCCGAUUUACCUGCAACUCCAGCUUAUAGUCGGGGCACUACUUUCUCUUCCGGCUAUGCCUGUCUUCCACUACCAGAGAACCCAGAGCACACCAAACUUCAGAUUAUCAUCCAGGUGGAUUUGGGAGGCUUUCUAAUGCCUUCAGUGAUCGAUCACGUUAUGCCCAUGAGCCUCAUAAACUUUGUGACCGAUUGCAAGGCUGGAUUUAAGAUGUUAAGAGAAACGGAGACAUAAAAACCUUGCCAGAGGGUACAAGAAAGCUUUUCUUCAAUACACAGCAGGUCCACGUUUGGUCUAAUGUCAAGAAGAGAUAGGCGAGCUUCUUGGGGUUGAGAACUUCACUCAACAUUUGGGGACGGGGAUUUUGGGUUUUUUUUUUUUUUCCCAUCCCCUUCCUUCCAUCUUUGGAGAAAAGGAUAUUGUCAAUUUGGGGGAAAGAAUAUUGUCAGUUUGUAAUGUUUCCAAUCUCAACAUAGCAGGGAGUCAUUCAGCUGGUUUUCAGCAGUUGUGGUCAGAAGACGCUUCAGAGGCCAACAAAAAAGGAUGGGCAUUUCAUGCAAUUUCAGAUGGCCAAUUCCUGAUAUAAAGGACUAAAGGCACUACAAGUAGUCCUUGAUUUAUGACCGUAAUUGAACUUGAACUUAGGGUUAAGUAGUCACCAUGUGACCCUGACUGAUUUUGCAACCUUUCUUGUGACGGUGUGUGAACCCAGUGGCCAUUAAGCUAAUCAGGCAUUUACUUCUGAUUUCUGGCAAAACAGAGUAAACAAUGGAUUCACUUAAUGACCACAGUGUUCGCUUUACAACUGCUGUGUUCACAUAAUGACAGUUGCAGAAAAGGUUGUAAAAUUGGGCAUGGCCAUGUGGUGACCCGCUUAACAAGCAUCACGUCUUACAACUGAAAUUGUGGGCUUAACCACGACCAUAAGUUGAGGACCACUUAGGGUGACAUCCAAAUUCAGGGCCAACAGCAUUCAGAUAAGACACUCUCCACCCGCUCUGGCUUUUCAGAUAGCCAAAAAUCACAAACAGUAGUAGAUGCGACUAAAAUUUCUCCUUGAUUCAAGGUUACCUAAUGAGCAUAAAUUGAAGGUGAGGAUCUGAUAAGCUUACUCUACACUAGAACAGAAAGGAAACAGAUUUGCUGCACGUUUCUACUCUUCCGAGUGCCCAGGACAAAAAAAA